AUGAAGAGCUCUCCCAACAGUAAGCGGACCAAGGCACUUGAUGCAAUUGAUAAGCACAUAGAACAUCAAAACAAAAGACGGAAAAGCUCGGCGUAUGGUAGGUUAUCAACUCUUUUGAGCACGAUUAGUGAAGCGGCUCAAUUACAAGGUGUGAAACACGUUUCUGCUAAACAAACUUCUCCCUCGCCUGUUAAACUGCCCGAGGGACCAGCUAUGAUACCAUCUAGUCCUCGAUAUCGGAAAAGUUGCUCACCCACGAGAAAUAGUUCACCUUUAACGCGUAAAUCAGUGACGUUUUCGGACAAAUUGGAGUCUUCGCCUCCUCAAAUAAAUCUUUCUUCGAGCCCACACCGUGAAAACGCUUUGAAAACGUAUAAACCAAUUUUAAAAAGCCCAUCCGGUCAGAGCAUUAGCCCAGACGGCCAGAUGAAUAAGAGUUCGGCUGCACUAACCCAGUUAUACGAAUUUAAGCCCGAAAUCUGUAUCAGCCCUCACAAUCCUGAGUUUUGGGUUAUGGGAGAAGUUCAUAACGUCUCUGACAUGAACGAUUUAGUACAGUUCAGAAACAUCAUUGAGGGCGGAAUUCGCUUUUUAAAGCCAAGUGACCUGUUGAAGGAAAAUAGGGAUUUUGAGAUCUAUGCUACAUUAAACAACGUAGUGCCCAUUGUUACUGGAUCAAACAAUACCAGGAUCAGCAAUAAGAAGAUGGAUAUUGUUAUGGAAUAUUUGGACGAACUGUUGCAGAUAUGUCCUGUGCAUAUGGUCGAGACACAGGAAAAAUUGCUAGCAAACCAAAGGAAAGAUCCAUUCGUCUCGAGGCUCUAUGUGCAGAUCAUUCGUUUUUCCAACUCGUUGUUGUCCAAUUUUAGAAUCAUUAAAGCACUUGAAAAGAAAGCCUCGCAACGAAAAGCAUUCAAACAGAUCCUUGAUUCUUCCCUUAUAAUAUUGUGCCACCCCAACUCGAGCAAAGUAAUGAUAUCGGCCCAAAUAGCCCUUCUCAGGGAAGAGAAAUUUAGUGCACUUUAUUUCUCGGAAAAAGAUGUGCAAAAAAUGCUUGACAGCAUUUUGAAUAUGAGGUAUAUUGAUAGUUCAAAUUUGACUUACGAACGCUUGCUUUUAUUGAAAAGCUUUAUCAGCAAGUUUCCCAGAUUCAUGGUGGGAAAUUUGGAAAAAUGGCUUCCUGGUGAGAUAAUACUGAGCAUCUUAACUAGUGACGAAACUUAUUCCAUGAAAAUUGCAACUACGUGUACGUCAAUUCUUUUGGACACCUAUAAAGCUUGUCUGAAUAGCAAUGACCUCGAUUAUGGCUUUUUAAACGCAUUUCCAAAAUGUAAAACGAUGUUCGUAUUUGAAAGAAAGAACAACGAUUAUGCGGUUAUUAAUAAUUCAAUUGAUUUUGAUGACCAACUGAUCUCUGACUCCCUUAUUGAACGUAUUAAUGAUUUCAUCAACAAGAAAAAUGACUGUAAGAUAGGCAUGGAUCUUUGGUUGGCGACAUUUGGGCUGUUUCACCUUAAACGUAAACUUGACGAGAGCGCUCCGCUUGAUAUCGAAUGGCUGCAACCAAUAUUACUUUGCUUCGGGCUUGAUCAAACCGCUCAAGGCUUGGCUCUCAGAUCCUGGAGAAUUGUAGUAUAUGUUGUGCUAGCGGAGCCACCAAAAUCAGAAGAACAAUUAGCCUUCAUAUCCGAAAUCCUUUAUGCUCCGUUUGACAAGAGCUUUCAAGCAAGAACGAAUGUUUCCUUACUUAAUUCUCAAAUCUUUCUUUUCAAUACCCUGGCUUACAUGCUUUUCUGCAAUCCUAAGCUUCAAGAAAGUGUCUAUUUUAAUGCUCUUUUAGAGCGCGUUUUAAAGCCACUCCUCAAAUUUUUCAUCGCGAGCGAUUGCAGUCUAGCUCUGUUUGAGAACGUUCACAAGAUUUUCUGGAACCUUCUCGGCUUUACUGACCAGCGGCUAAAAUCGACCAAGAGUAUUUUUGUCGCUGCCAAAGUCAUAGCUGCGAAUGGAAUACAGCUGGAGGACUUUUUGGAGAUUCCACCUCCUAAUACCGAAAAGAUCUGCGAUUUUAUCAUAGACCAUAUCUUCCCGCUUUUGUCUCGGCAAAUCGGUGAUACAUCUGAUUUAUGUGUAACCACGGCGCUAGGUGUUAUGAAGAAUUUACGGAAAGGUCAAAGUGGAGAGAGGAAGCACCGCUGUUUAGAAUUUCUUCUAAAAUCCAUUCCGAUGCUCAAGCAAGAACCUCAAAGACUCUUCAUUAUGACAUUCAGCCAAAUUUUUGACCAAUUUGAUAGGGAAACACUCCUUGACAAAUCAGUCCACAGCAUAUUGUGCCAAUUGCGUAAGAGCUCGAAACAAUUCGGUUUAGAUGGUAGUCAAUUAUUGAAGGGUAUCCUUAGCAAUCCUCAAGUCAAGAUUGAUGAAUUCUACUUAUGUGACAUUUUCUUGAGCUUUGGUGAUGGCGAGACUAGGGCAGUCAUUCAAGACAUCACGGCCUCGGAUUUGGUAUAUCAGAAAGCGAAUUCGUCAAACUUAAAGUCAAUAUUGAAAGUUAUCAGUGCUGUACCCACCCCACGGGCUAUUCACAAUUUAUUUGAACUGUGCAAAACUAAUCUUGUCACACCUGAAGCCCUUGUUGAACUUGACAGUUCGAGAUGGGAGGAUCAAGAUAUUUUACUGUUGAUUGAAUAUGCUCUCGCGGAGGAGCACUCGCUCGCUCGGUCAAAGUUGCAAUACUUAUUGGAAGAUGUGUUGUUUUUGCAUCUCGAAGUCUUAACGAAGAACAAUCUUACAGAGGAAUAUCUGUAUUAUCUACUCUCGAAUACUGAAGAUUUCAGUUCAAGACGCAAGAAUGAGAUAUUCGAACAUGAAUGCCUAGUUAAUGAGUAUGUCAAUCUUCUAAGGCAACGAAUUCCGCUUUCAGAGGAAAUACUCGAAACGUUUCUGGAGCGCAUAGAGGAUGUUCCUCAAAAAGCACUCAUAAAAUUGAUUGACGUGGUCAUAGAAUCUGAUUUUCGGAAUUUAAUCAUUCCUUUUGCCGCCACAAUUUUUGAGAGUCUUGUUGAUCAAGAUAAUAAUCAAACAACGGAUAACAAAGUUAACAGGGUAGUUAAUAAAUUGCUUGAAUUAGCAAUUAAAGCACCUAACGCUGAACAGACCAAUGCGUUCAUUCAAUUCCUGAUAGCUAUAAGGAAGUACAUGCCAUCUAUGGCUUUUCUUCAAGAUAAUUUGGAGCAUCUAUCCAAGUAUGCCGAUCCCAGAACGCUGGCGUUAAUCCUGGGACGCUUCAAAUCAUGCAGAAUGCCACUUUUAAAAGUAAUGGAACAUUCCCUUCAGGAAGGUGAGACUGAGCCAAUAUUUCAUAUCUUUGUUGCUUUGAGCGACCAAAGGGAUUUAUUUGUAGACUCACUAGGAGAUCCUGCAAUUAUAAAAUGUCUGUCGGAGCUCAUUGUAGCUCUUAGAGAUCGGAAACACACAGCCAACCUGGAGAUGCUUUAUGAUCUCUUGGAGACUAUGAAUUUCAACCUUGAUUCCAGACUUUCUAUAGCCUUGAAAAGGUUGCAAGCAUUAGCCAAAAGCUCUAAUCUGGGCCAGGUUACAGAAGAACUUCCUCUUAAUAUGAACACCAGCCGAAAAAGUGAAUACCAUGCAAAGCAAGCGGAACCAAAAGGUAAAGAAGGUGGGUUUAUAUAUCAGUUUCUCCCAUUACGAAAAGCUGCUUUCCGGGAUAUGCCAAAUGGUAUGUUUGCUGAGAAGCAAGUUCCGGCAGGAAUGCAUCGUGGACUCGAAAGGAUUGAUGGAGAGACUUCAACCUCAAAUGCCAUCAGUAAUGAAACUGUUGAAAGACAAGACGCUUCUUCUUUCGAAGUUCUCGGCACUGAUGCCGGUACAGAGCCGAAUGCCGUCACAAAUGUUGAUAAUAUCAAGACUAAUGAUCCCUCAUCACGCCGCUCAGAACCAAAGCAAGACAAAUUUUUGGCAAAGAACAAUAAACCUGCUGUAGUUGAAGAAAAACAAUCGAAGUCGCGUUCGAUCAACCAGCUUUAUUCAAAAGGAAUUGUUUUGCCCAAAAGAGACGCGGCAGGUUACUAUGGGAAUUUAGGAAGGCAUGACCUUAUCCACGAUAGCCUAGCGCAAGCUAAGUUUCCUGAACACAAGGAGAAAUACCAGCGUGAUGCUGUUGAUGGAAUAGUGUCAGAAGUUACCGAAAAUUUGGAAAAAUCCGUUGAGUUGAGGAACAACGGGAUUCUCAAAAUCCCCAUUUUCAAUACACUCAAGAUUCGACAACCUGAAGGGCGUGAAGAGCAAGUAAUUUCUACUGGACGCUCGAAAACUUUUAUCACACAGAGGACAAAUCAAAUUAAUGCUUCAGUCUCUCUUCUGGAAGAACGCAACGCUGAGAAAAGUCACUUUGAGUCACCUGCUGAUAAGAAAUGUGAAAAGGAUAAAUUCUUGAACGCCUCAAGUAGGAAAGUCGAAAUUGAGACCUUAAUGGAAAUUUUGCGAUACCUCAAUAAUGAUGCUCUGAGCAAGCUUAUACCCGAAGAAAGAGAUAUACUGCGGCAAGAACUGAUUGAUAUGGUUAACCGCCUCAAUAGUAUUGACAUGAGGAAAACUUGA